AUGUCAACGCAAGCGUACUACAAAGAGCGCCUCGGGUUCGACCCGCAAGAGGCAAUGCAAGAGAGUCUCAACGGAGGCGCAUACUACGACGGUCACCAUCAGCCGAAGCGGCAUCGGGGCGAGCACCACGAGAAACACGAUCAAGUCUAUGAGGAGAAUUUGACCAAAUUCAAAGAUGAACGAGAUGCAAUACAGAAAAAGACGUUCACAAAAUGGGUCAACAAACACCUGAAAAAGGUGAAUCGGCAUGUGAACGAUCUAUUUGAAGACCUGCGCGAUGGACUCAACCUCAUCUCGCUGCUGGAGGUGCUUUCUGGCGAACAUCUCCCACGCGAGAGAGGUCGUAUGCGCUUCCACAUGCUGCAGAAUGUCCAGAUGGCGUUGGACUUCUUGCGCUAUAAGAAGAUCAAAUUGGUGAACAUCAGAGCUGAAGACAUCGUUGACGGCAACCCUAAGCUGACACUUGGUCUCAUUUGGACCAUUAUCCUGCACUUCCAGUUCAAUGGACGUGCAGUAGUUGAUGAUUAA